AGAGUCUUGUCUCACUCACAGCAGCUCUGCAGAGCAGUGCAUCGACGAGGACCAUGGCAGGCUGUCCAGACCAAGAGGACUUCUUCAACCUGCUGAGCCAUGUGCAGGGUGACCGAAUGGAGGAGCAGCGCUGCUCACUGCAGGCAGGGCCAGGCACCACCUCCAAGAGCCAGAGUGACCCUAUGGACAGUCUCAUAGACAUGCUGGCCAGCACCCAGGGUCACCGCAUGGAUGACCAGCGUGUAACAGUUAGCGUCCUGCCUGGCUUCCAGUCUGUGGGCCCCAAGUAUGAAGUUAAGAAACGAGCUGGGACCCUCAGCCCCCAACCCCUCCUCACCCCUCAGGACCUGUCUGCUCUCAGCUUCCAUCAGAACAGCAGUCCCCAGCCCCAGACACAAGCCCCAUGAACCAUCUUGUGCCCCACUUGUGCCUCCCAAAAGUAGACAA